GCAGUAUGAGGAGACCUGAAAGUGGCACAUGGCAGAGUGUGGCGAUGGAGACAGCAGGAAUGGGAGGCCGUACAGGGACCCAUGACACACUCUGGACCUGGCAGCAGCAUGAGGAGGCGGUACAGGGGCCCAUGACAGAUUACGGGCCUGGCAGCAGCAUGAGGAGUCGGUACGGGGGCCCAUGAGACACUGUGGACCUGGCAGCAGCAUGAGGAGGCGGUACAGGGGCCCAUGGCAGAUUAGGGGCUGGCAGCAGCUAUGGGAGGCCCGUAAUCUGCCAGCACCCUAUGACAAAAAAUGGAACACACCAGCAGUGUGAGGAGACCUGAAAGUGGCACAUGGCAGAGUGUGGCGAUGGAGACAGCAGCAAUGGGAGGCCGUACAGGGACCCAUGAGAGACUCUGGACCUUGGCAGCAGCAUGCAUG